AAUAAUCUCAUUAUCACUUUCGAAAGAAUUAAUUCAAAGAAAAUGAUGAUGAAGAUGAAGAUGAAGCCUUGUCCCACAUUUUCGAACCUAAUUUAUUUCUUCAUGUUUCUUGCAAUGAUCUUUUCGAUCUCAUCUAAUGUUGUUGAAUCGAAUGAAUCAGCCAACAAUGGUUUCCUCCAAUGUUUGUCGACUAAUUUGCAAAACAUUUCCAACAUUGUCUACACACCAAACAACCCUUCCUACUUGAGGGUUCUUCAAGCUUCCAUAAGGAACACAAGAUUCAUGUCGGCGCCGACGGCGAACCCUCGAGUGAUCGUCGCUCCGGUGAGCGAAUCGCAAGUUCCGGCGAUCGUGAAAUGCGCGAGACAAAACGGGUUGCAAAUAAGGACUAGGAGCGGCGGCCACGACUACGAAGGUUUAUCGUACUUGUCCGAGCUCCCUUUCGUGAUCCUCGAUUUGUUUAACCUAAUCGACAUAGACAUAGAUGUCGCGAAAAAAACGGCCUGGAUUCAAACCGGUGCAAAUAACGGUCAAGUGUACUACGCGAUAAGCAAAAAAAGUAGUACACUUGCAUUCCCCGGCGGCGGUUGCCCCACCGUCGGGGUUGCCGGGCUCUAUAGCGGCGGCGGAUACGGCGCUUUGAUGAGAAAAUACGGCCUUGCCGCAGAUAACAUCAUCGAUGCGCGCAUGGUGGACGCCAAGGGAAGAAUGCUCAAUAGAGCGUCGAUGGGGGAGGACGUAUUUUGGGCUAUUAGGGGCGGAGGGGGCGCGAGCUUCGGAGUUAUAACAGCUUGGAAGGUAAAUUUAGUCGACGUGCCCGAGAAUAUAACAAUAUUCUCGGUCGCGCGAACUUUGGAGCAAAAUGCAACCGAGCUUAUUUAUCAAUGGCAAGACAUCGGUCAUCGUCUUACCAAAGAUAUAAUUUUCGUGAUCAACGCUCAACCGAUAAAUUCGAGUACGACCGGGAAAAGAACUAUUCAAGUCACAUUUACCGCGCAAUUCCUCGGCGGUGUCGAUCAAGUGCUCCAACUGAUGGGACAAAGCUUUCCGGAGUUAGGCGUGACGAGGGAUGAUUGUAUGGAGUUGAAAUGGAUUCAAACCGCCCUUUUGUUCGGCGGAUACACUCUGGAUAAACCGUUAGAAAUCUUGACCGAACGAAACCCUACGAUUCCAAGUGCGAUCAAGGCUACGAGGUUUAGUUUCAAAGCAAAACUCGACUACAUAACCAAGCCAAUGCCGAGACUCGCAUUCAAAGGGUUGUGGCGAUUUUUGUUGCAACGUGAGCCUAACACGGCCGAGUUGUUGAUGGUCCCGUACGGUGGAAGAAUGAGUGAAAUAUCCGCGACCGCGCUUCCUUUCCCUCAUCGAGCCGGAAAUUUGUACAAAAUCCAACAAUUGGUUUAUUGGAAUCACACCGGGCCAUCGCCGAGGUCCUUACUAUGGGUAAGAAGUAUCAAUAGGUUUUUGACCCCUUUCGUCUCUAAGUCUCCGAGAUCGCAUUAUCUUAAUUAUAGAGAUCUCGAUCUGGGAGAGAACAACCUCGGCAACACUAGCUACGCGCAAGCGAGUCGAUGGGGAGUGACGUACUUUGAUGUCAACUUCGAAAGGUUGUCGAAAGUCAAAACGAUGAUCGAUCCGAGUAACUAUUUUAGAAACGAGCAAAGUAUUCCGCUCUAUAGAGGAAGAAACAACUGAAGAAGAAAAGUUUAGGAAGAAGAUGCAUAGAAUUGCAAAACCAUAUGUGUUCAUUAGAUGCUUGGAUGUCAUUCUUGUGUAACUUUUGUCUUCGCUUUAUAAUUAAUUUCUUGUAAUAACACUAAUAAUAAUUUCUAAUAAAUCAUAUUGUUACGGUGUGUUAUUUCAAUUAUUAUUAUUAUUUUUUA